AUGUCCUACCCGUCGUACGACAACGCGAGCCUGGACCAGCACCGACGCACCCCCGAACCGGGUUCUUCGUCCACGCCCUCGACGGUAACGCUGAACUCGUCAAGCCUCCUCCCCACGCCCUCGACCUUCUCGCUGUACACGUGCUCCGCGUCAUCGCCGCCAUCGACGCACUCUGCGCCGCUGUCGCACUCGCACAAGACGCUGCGCCGCAUUCUGCCGCACGAAUACGAAUUGGCGUAUGCACGGCUCAACGGGUCCGACGACGUGCAUGUGCUGGGGCACAGCUGUGCGGGCGGAAAGGGAAAGGGCAAGAUGAUGGUGGUGGGCGAUGAGGUGCAUGCUGAUGGCACGCAGAGCGAGGUGCUGCAGUGGAGGGGCGCCGGCGCGCAUAGUGUGCUCGGGUCACAUGCUAUGAAUUAUACGGGUUCGAGGAAGAUGUGGAGUCAUGAUGUUGUGUAA